AUGAAGGUGGCCAUAGUGUUCGCGUUAGCCGGAGUCCUUUCGUCCAUCGGGUCAGGGAAGUGUGUAAGUAGUGUACUAAAAGGUGUCUUGAAUCCGGAGUUGGCGAGCGCACGAGCAGCAACCAGCAGUGGCGUUUCUAAAUCACCCUUGUUGGAGAUAGUGCUCCGAAUUCUCGACACCAUUCAGAUUAUACCCAAGAAGCGGUCAAGGCGAAACACGCACUCUUUAACCCCGCCCGGUAAGAGUUUCUGGUGGAUGUUACCGCUGUUUGGAAGAACACUGCUCAGCGGUCGCGCGGAACAACCGCUGAUGGCACUCUCGCUGGAGUCGAGCGAAACGGUCCCAGACGUCGCGGAGGAACCGUUGAGCGGCUCGGGGAGGGACACCAGCAGGCGGCACUGGGACGCGAAUGAUUUUCACCGAAGCCACGAUCAGCUGCUACGGUACAUGUCCACCACCUCGGAACGGUUCUACGACAUAGUGCUGGGUGUACUGCAGGUGCUCGAGAGUCAGGCCCGCCAGGAGGUGCAACGGGCCCGGCUCCAGCUGGAAGCGACGCAACUGGCCACGGACGGCAGCGACGACGAGUUGUCGACCUAA